AUGUCGAAUGGCAACGAGGCCAAUCUUCUUCGAGACCUGACUGACCUCGAUGGGCCAUCCAGCGAACCCAACGAGGGGAAUAUCGAACACUUCUUUCGACUUGGUGGAGUAUACGUGGCGGACGCUGAGAACGUCAGGGCGGCGAAAGAGAACCCAUCUCCCGUCAAAUAUCUUGAUGCAACUUUCUGCCUCUGGGGGGACGGCAAGCCUCCGAAGAGAGGCAUGCCCGACUGGUGGCCUUGCGCAGGGUCGCCGGGGAGCAUGACUCGUAGGUCUCGCCAUAGUACAGCGGCAGGGCGAAGCACUUCUAUCAGUCGCCAGGGCGAAACAAUGGGGGUUUCGGGACAGCUAGAAUUUUGGAAAAUGCCACUCACCAUGCUCCAGUUGAGUAACUCUGCAGCUUCAAAACACGAUGACAUUGCGAAAAGUACAUCGUCGUUGAGGUCGAGCAAAUGCAAGCCCUGGCUACGAGACAUGGCCAAGACCAAGCCGCAAACUGCUGUAUCGCGAUUGAACAGAGGUUUUAUACAGUGA